CCCCGCCCAUCUCCGUUCCACUUCAGCUGCGCUUCCUUCUCAUUCAGCAAACGCACUGUCCUGUGGCGAGAGAGGGGUCCUUUCCACCCCACAGCCAAACAAAAGAAGCCUGGAAAAGGAGCAAAUCUAGCAAAGACUUCUUAAAGGGCAGGAGGACCCCUGAAUUCUGCGUUUCUGUGUGAAGACAGCCGCGUUCUUGAGGAUAUUGCAGGAAGGAACACAGCUUUUUAAUAUCCAUCUAUUGUCAGUGUGUCAUGUGGAGUGUGGGGUCACACAGGAGGAUGACCUGUUUUUCACCUGUCGUUCUCCAGCAUACAGCUGAACAGGUUUGCUUGCGAGAAGACUCUCCCUGAACAAUCCUCCAACACGCGCUCAGAUGCUCACCUGGGUCUGUGUCCGGUUUUGGCUCCAGAUUUUAAAACCAUCGCCUCAAAGAUCUCACUGUCCGGGGUGAUAGAAGCGCUGGAGCGAUGCAGUCCAUGCUGUCCUCUGCUGUCGUGCUAUGCUUCCAGGUCGUGUUACUGUUCUACAGCCCAUUACAGGUGUUAGCAGUGGAAAAUGUUAACUUUGGAGUACACGUAGAGAAUCAGACAGGGGUGCGGGACGGCCUGAGCCGGAAACACCAUCGGGUUUACCAACUAUACAGUCGGACCAGUGGAAAACACAUUCAGGUGCUUGGCAAAAAAAUCACCGCCAUGGGAGAGGAUGGGGAUAAAUAUGCCCAGCUCGUGGUGGAGGCCGACACCUUUGGGAGUCAAGUGAGAAUAAGAGGAAAAGAGACAAACUACUACUUGUGCAUGAACCGUAAGGGGAAGCUUAUGGGGAAGAAAGACAGCAGCGUAAACGGAGGCUGCAUUUUCAUUGAGAUAAUGCUUGAGAAUAACUACACCGCUUGGAUGUCAGCGCGCUAUGUGGGCUGGUACAUUGGCUUCACCAAAAGGGGCCGACCACGCAGAGGUCCGAACACGUUACCCAACCAGCGAGACGUGCAUUUCAUGAAACGCUUCCCUCCAGGAGAGCAGCCCGACCUGCAGCCCUGCAGCUUUACCACGGUCAGCAAGAGGAGCAAAAGAGUCCAGCAGACCUCCACUGCUCCUCCACCACUCCAGUAA